AUGGUCAAAGAAAACAUUUCUAAAGAGAAGAUAAUUGAGAUACUACAGGACAACAAUCUAACAGAGAAAGAAAUAGAAAAGGGUAUUUCAGAGGGCAAUAUCAACACUAUUCAGGAUGCACAUGACUAUAUUGAAAUGAUAAUGCUAACUAAACAGACUAAGUUGAAGGAAGAGAGGGAGCAGAGUUUAGCUAAAUGUAGAGAACAUCAAGCUCAAGUUAAAUCAGAAAAACAAGCUGCUGAAAUUAGGAUUAAGGAUAUUCAAGAAACCAUUAUUGCAAACCAGGCUUCACUAAGACUGAAAGAAAAUUCAACAACAAACAGUGACACCCAGAAUACAGUGAGAUAUGAUGGAUAUAUUGUAGUUAAGGUUAUGUUACAUAAUCAUAAAUCAGUGUAUGUUGAGUUAAAAAAGAAUGAUGUUGUUGAGAAUUUGUUUAACAAAUUAGAAACUAUGGUGGGAAGAAAAGGAAUUCAACUAGAAACUUUUAACGGUUAUAAAACCAUACAAAGAGACAACAAAGACUUUGAAAAUAAUUACGGGAAAAGAGUUUUUCUUAAGGAAAUUUAA